AUGGUAUUAAUUGAUAAUUUGAGUAUAUGGAUAAUUUUAAUGAUUAUUGCACAAAUAUUAGUUACAACGUCAGGCGCAAUUACAGUCGCUCCUCAAUGUAACAGUUAUACACUGAUUAAUGAUACUACAAGAAGCGUGAAUGUAACCACUAGUGGAAAUUGUGAUCAAUCUUUUUUCAAUUCUGGUGCAAAGUGGGUUCGUUUUGUUGGUGUAGGUGGUACUCAGAUACCGACAAGGUCAGUUCCAAUCUAUCGAUGUAAUGCCGACGCACCAGGUUGGUAUGCAGGACAAAUGCCCACUAACCCGAAUACAACUAAAAACGGAACUGUAUGCUUUAAUUGGGAUUCUGACAAUUGCAAUUGGGACAUUAGUAUUAGUGUGACUAAUUGUGGAUCUUAUUACGUUUAUCGAUUAGAUGCACCUCCAUCCUGCGAAUUACGCUACUGUACUGAAAUGCCAGCUGUUUUAAUAGCCGACACAACAAAAGCGCCCAUACUAGGUAAAUAA